CAGAGCCAGGAUCAGGAGGAGCUCUUAGGGUUAAACUCUCUCUGAUCUCAGUCCUGUUUUUCUCAGACAUUGAACACUGCAAACAUGCUGCUGAGGAGCUUCUGCUUCAUUUCUACUCUGCUUGGGGUCGUCCACGCUGCUGCAGUGUUUGUAGAGAAACAUGAAGCCACCUCAGUUCUGCGCCGAUGGAGGAGAGCAAACAGCUUUUUGGAAGAGGUUCAGCAGGGAAACCUGGAGCGGGAAUGUAUUGAGGAGAUCUGUAACUAUGAGGAAGCCCGGGAGGUCUUCGAGGACAAUCAGAAGACGAGGGAUUUCUGGAAGACGUAUGAUAAAAGGGAGCCCUGCCUGGAGAACCCCUGCCGUAACAAUGGGACGUGUUUUUAUAUGGGAACCACCUACGAAUGUCAGUGUCUGGAGGGAUAUGAAGGACUAUACUGUCAGACAGAGUUUGAAGACUCUUUGGGAUGUCUCUACAAGAAUGGAUACUGUGAGCAUUUCUGCGAUGGUUCUGGAGAAAGACGCACAUGUUUCUGUGCUGAAGGAUACCAGCUGGCAGAUGAUGGAAGAAAAUGUGUUGCUAAAGUGAAGUUUCCCUGUGGGCAGGUGCCCCCCCCAGAAACUGGACUCAACCAGAGCGCUAAGAUUGAGGUCAGGCUGGUGGGAGCUAGCCACUGCACCCAUGGAGACUGCCCCUGGCAGGUUCUGGUUCAGCUGAAUGGAAACAGUCACUGUGGUGGAGUUCUGAUCCAUCCAGACUGGGUCAUCACUGCUGCUCACUGUGUUCAUGGCAAGAACACCCAGAACCUCACUGUGGUGGCAGGUGAGCAUAAUCUGGAUGUGAAAGAUGACACAGAGCAAAGAAUAGGCGUUACCAUGGUGAUUCCCCAUGAAAACUACAAUCCGGCAAUGGGCGACAGCGACAUCGCCCUGGUCCAGUUGAACCAGUCGCUCACUUUGAAUCGAUACACCAUCCCUAUCUGCCUCCCCACUAAAGACUUUGCUGAACGGGAACUGCUGCCGGUCCGCUACCACACUGUGUCUGGCUGGGGCAGGAGGACCUCCGGGGGCAACACCGGCACCUCCUCGGCCCGUCUGCUUGCCCCCACCCUCCGCCAGAUGAAAGUCCCCAUCAUCCAGAACUCUCAGUGCUCCCAGAAAGCCAAAUUCAACUUUACCGACAACAUGCUGUGUGCCGGAUUCCUGGAUGGGAGCCACGAUAGCUGCCGCGGGAAUGACGGCAGUCCGCUGGUUACAAAAUAUGGCUCCACCCAGUUCCUCACGGGUGUGGUCGCCUGGGGGCGUGGCUGCUCUCACCCAGGGUAUUAUGGGGUGUACACCAAGGUAGCCAUUUUUGUGGACUGGGUGAAGGGUACCAUGAAGAACCCGCCCAAAAUGAAGGCACCAGUUUUGGAAGCCAUACUGGAGCAAACAACAGUUUCUUUCACUAACCACUUAUCACUUCAUUUGACCCAUAAGCCUCCUUGUUUCUUAUGCAAAGCACUGUGGGACAUGCAGUUUUCCCCUGAAAUAGUGAUGAAAGUCAAACAUUUGAAGCCUGAGCUAAAGCCCGCCCAGGGCAAACCUUCCUCCCCCAGCACAGGUCGUUGCCCUCUCUGCCUCUACUCUGCACACUCAGACUCCACUACUCCCUCACAGAACAGGGAAGGUUCUCCAACCGAGCUCAAGUCCAACGGGAUCAUGUUUGGGACUCUACAACAAACCCUGGGCCUCGUACUGCUGCUCCACCUCACCGCUGCUCAUGUGUUCCUGGACGGCAGGGCGGCCAAUCAGGUUCUGACCAGAAUGAGACGGGCCAACAGCUUUCUGGAGGAGCUUAAAAAAGGCAACAUGGAGAGGGAGUGCGUUGAGGAGCGCUGCAGCUGGGAGGAGGCGCGAGAGAUUUUUGAAGAUAAAGAGACAACUGAUGAGUUCUGGGCCAAAUAUGUGGAUGGCGAUGCCUGCAUGUCCAUCCCUUGUGCUCACGGUGGUCAGUGCAAAGAUACGAUUGGAAGCUACACAUGCUACUGCAAGGAGGGAUAUAAGGGCUUCAACUGUGAAAUCGCUAUCCCGAAGCUCUGUGAGGAUGACAACGGCGGCUGUGAUCAUUUCUGUCGAGUUGUCCACAGAAAUGUGGAGUGCUCCUGUGCUGACGGAUAUUUCCUGGCUCCAAAUCAAAAGUCCUGCUACUCCAACCAGGCUUUUAAAUGCGGCGCCAUCGUCACCAACAAGGUCCGGUCGCUUCUAGGCUCCGGGAAACAGAACACAGAAGAAAGGAAAAACCCAAAGCUGAACACAACUGUGAGUUCUACAGAGCAGCCGAACAUCUUCCAUUCUGCUGAUCUGUUCUGGUCGGGAAACAUCAGCAGCCAUAUUCUACCUCCUGUGCCCAUUAUGGAGAGUCCGAGUACCAGUGACAGGACAGCAGAUGUUCGGAUUGUCGGCGGAGAGGACUGUCCACCAGGAGAAUGUCCAUGGCAGGUUCUCCUGAUUAACCAGGACAACAUUGGGUUCUGUGGGGGAACUGUUCUGACUGAAUACAUCAUCCUGACUGCUGCUCACUGCAUGAACGAAUCACGCUACUUCAUCAUCAAGCUCGGUGAGCACAACACUACUCAAAAAACUAAUCAUGAAGUUACCCAUGAGGUGGAUACCAUCGUCACCCACUUCAAGUACAGCCCGGACACCUACCACAACGACAUCGCACUCGUAAGCCUGGCCACGCCCAUCAGGUUUACCAAGUACGUCCUGCCGGCCUGCAUACCCGAGCAGGACUUCGCAGAGAAAGUCCUGAUGCGGCAGACAGAUGGUCUGGUCAGCGGUUUUGGACGUCUUGCUGAAGGUCGAGAGGCAUCUAUGAUCUUACAACGUCUCGCUGUGCCCUACGUAGAUCGGCAAACCUGCAUGGAAUCUACCCAGCUGCGCAUCUCUAUGGGCAUGUUUUGCGCUGGCUACGACACGAUAGCUAAGGAUGCCUGUCAGGGGGACAGCGGAGGGCCGCACGUCACACGUUACCAUAACACGUACUUCAUCACUGGCAUCGUGAGCUGGGGCGAAGGGUGCGCACGCAAAGGAAAAUAUGGCGUCUACACACAAGUGUCAAAAUACAUCGACUGGAUCAGAGAGGGCAUCAAGAAGCUGACGCCCAGAGGAGGCAACAGGUUUAAGAGGGACCGUGGUGCCAUCAAAAGGCUGUACCUGUAGAUCAGCUGGAACCAUCUUCAUGGCCAUGUUCUAGCAGGUGAACUUAAUACAGAAGGUGUUCCACAAGGCUAAGGCUUGGUGCCACUUAAUUUUCUGUUUUAUUUUAGCUGUAAUGUUGAUUUUUUUUUAUUUUAGGAAGGAAAAACACCUGACAUUUAAAGAAACAAUAAAACUAUUUGCUUGAUUUUUCCCACCUGAACCCCCCUCCUCACACACAUGCAUACACAUUAUGUUUCAGUUGCACACAAAUUGUAUGAAGCAUGAAAACUUUGUCAUUAAAAACUCGCAGUUGUGAUGUAAAAGUUUGCUGGAAGAAUUAUUAAAUACAUGGAAAACAACCUG